AUGAACCCACAUCAGAGACUUCUUCUUUUCAAUUCCUCCAAAUACAAUAAUCAACACACAUGCUUGCCUCCACUUGUAGAUGAGCGAAACGACCUGUUGGGUAUGAAAAGGAUCCAACCUGAAAAGAGUUCUUUCUCUUCUUCUUCUUCUGUAUUGUCUACCACAACAUCACCAACAGUGUCCACGAGACAGUACAUGCAAUAUACUUCUUCAGUACAGGAGGGACAAACAAGAGUGAUCAAAGAGACGUCUCCCAUAUGUCCUUCAUCGGUGUCUUCGUCCUCUUCUUCAUCAUCAAGUAGUCAUGGUCGUUUGCAUGUGUCUAUGGAAGACAUGUCAAAAUAUUUUCAUGCGUCACAAAUGAUUGCAGCUCGGAUGCUUGGAGUGAGUGUUUCCACAUUGAAGAGAAGAUACAAGGAAGUGAGCAAUGGAAACCGUUGGCCUUAUUCAAAGAUGUCUCUGAAUGAAAAAAAAGAGAAGUUUGUGGUUUUACAUCAACGAUGA